AUGGAGGCAGGUUUUUGCAUCGAGGGAGCUGAGUUCCGCGGUGAAGGCAACUCGAGCCUGGUUUGCGCUCUGAAGGACGGCGCCAGCGUCCUCAAGCUGAAGAAGACAUCUGUGGUGUUCAAUGAGAACGUUCCGGUAAUCGAAGAAGAUUGGCUCGGGCUGCACAAAUAUCAAGUCUCAUUCAUAAGAAACGUCGCCGUGCCUUUGUUCGGAGCAUCGCUAGUCGACAUACCCACCAUCGUUCAGCUCCGAGGCGAGGACAUCGCUAAACUCAACAACCUCGUUCGUCAGGACCGCGCCAUUCAUCGUCUGAAGAAAACACUAAGUCCAUCCUUGAACUGCGGACUCGUAUUCCCAGACAAUUGUUUAUUCAAAUCCUUACCGCAAAACAAUAUCCCUCUCGAGGGUCCUCUCGUAUGCGUUGAGCUCAAAACGAAAAUGGGUUUCUUGCCGGUCGGGAUACCGCCCGAUCUGCAGCUGAAAUCGCGUAUCUGUCGCUUCCAUCUCGUACAAAACCGCAAAUUCCGACAAGGCCGGGUACAGCAAAUAAGCAAUUACUGCCCUCUGGAUCUGUUCAGCGGAUGUCCUGAACGGAUGGAGUGCGCCAUCCUAGAACUACUGCACAAUCCGCAGAACAAUCUGCGAGUCUUCUGUGAUCGUCGUCAAAUUUUCGGGGGGGAACGGAAUCGUUCUCAACUGGAUCUUCGCGAGUUCUUCAAGCUCGCUCGCGACCGAGGUGCGAGAGAUCUAUGCAAUCUGAUAAAGAUGGCUCUUUGUCUUCCGCUCAAAGAGGAUCGUUGCAAGGAAGCCACUCUCGGUGCAGCCAGGGUGGAGUUGCGCGACUGUUUGUUUUCAACGAAGUGUUGCUGCGAUACGGGUUCGAGCGGUACGUGUCCCUCGGAGCUGAUUCCUGUCUCCAGACACCGUAUUCCGGAACGCUCCGUGCUGUGGAGAAUACUGCAGUGUCAACAACUGAGCUCAGAAGACGUUUCAAAAAUUUAUCGUUCGACUUACGCCCAUCAUGAGCCGGACCGAUUCUUCAAUAAAAUGUACCCAGAGGCCGUGAUCCCGAAAAACAUCCUGAGUGAGACCAAGAUUCAGUGUGAAUCUCAAGAAGAAUUCGAGCACCGUGUGCUUUGGAAAUUCCUCGUAGCUCUCACAUGCCGGGACUGUUCCGUCAUGCUGACCAUGCAACGAAUCUCAAAGAGCUGGAGUGGCAAGCCGAGCGACCCGAAACUCAAUGUUCUGGAAUAUGGCGGUCAGCGAUAUCUCCUCUCCAUCGGUGUGGUCGAUCUAGAACCGAAGAAACUUGAUCGAGUCGCGAAGCAGUUUCAGGAUGACCUCAGCAUGAUAAACAAUUUCUCCAUGGAGUUCUAGAUGAAUCCGUACCUGGUAUCGGUUAUCCCCAUUAGAUAAAUCGAAUUCCUACAAUAAUUCACUCUAUUUACACUCAGGCAAAGUCUACAAAGAUACUUAGAUAGCUCUGGUAUCCUCUACACCUGUAAUCGUUAAUGUUUCUUCGGAAGUUAUAA